AACCCAGUCGUCGCGAUUGCUUAAACCCGAGAAGACCGAAAGGAACACCACGCUGCUGCUGCACGCUGCGGCUGGUUUUUCCUCUAUUAUUUUGCACUAUUUAAUUUAAAUUUCACGAUUCAUUCACAUUGCUUGGCCAAUGUACGGUACGAAACCGCGUCGGAGAUAAAUUUCGCAAUGAUUUAAUAAUUGUUCCGGGAAAAGUUUGACUCGACAAAGUUCUCGAAAAACGAAAUAAAUAUUAGUCAAUCGCAGGCCACUACGAAUAGGCAGAGUGCAACCGCGAUUAAUUAUUCGAGCGAAAAAAGGGGGCGAGAAAAAUGGGUAGUUUUCAGUCAUCGCAGCAUGGCCGCGAAAAUCGCAACGAUGAUGAUGGUGGUGGGGUGGAAACGGGUCAAGAACAUGAAACCGAUGUUGGUAGCAGCCGUUCAGAUACGAUUGUCAGUGAAAGUUGUGCAAUAAUAGACAGUAAAUCAGUCGAUCACAUGAUAAAUCACGAAACUCAGACUGGAAAUCGUGUGACUAGUGAUGGUUCAACUCCAGAUAGCUGUGACUCGUGUGAUGAAGGUGAAAGAGAACGAGAGUUAGCCGAGUUCCGAGAGGAACUUAGCAAAAAACGUGAACAGAGAAAAUCGAAAAUGGCUGACAUCAAACAAGAGAUGGAUCACUUAAGAAGGGGUCUGGCAGAAGAGAAAGCCAAGAACCGCGCACUCAUACGGUUCAUUCAACAGAAUCAACAGCAAACAAAGGGAUCAUCGGAAGUCAUAACAAGCGGCGUCGAGGAAAUCGUAAACCAACCAAUGGAAACAUGUCACGAUGACAUGACUACGGAAAGUCACCCAGAACAAAGCGAUUCUAUGCCCAUCUACACCACCACAUCGGAUGAUAUACGCCUCGGAUUAAAACGCGACCUGGCUGAGUCACAGCUGCAGCUUCAGCAAGCCAACAGCGAGAUCCUGUCGCUUCAGUCCGUGAUUGACCAGCUUCGAACGCAGAUUCAAUCUCUUCAGACACCCAGCGAAGAAGAGGAAGCUGCCCGCGCUGCGCGAAAUAAAGAAUUUCGCCAUCUACAGGCGGAACUUGCCGAUUCACAGUUCCAGCUGCAGAUAGCUAACGCGGAAGUGCUCUCGCUCCAAAGCGACAUAACGCAGCUGAAAAAUCAAGUCAAAGGACUGAAAGACGUCAUCAAAGCCGGCAAAGAGAUCAUCAACAUCAGGGAGGACCAAGUAGAGCAACUCAAGGCGAAGUUGCGCCAGAUCGAGGACUCCCUGCACGAGCGGGAGAUGCAAAUUAUGUCCACGGAUCUACGCCGCGAGUACGAACGACAAAUGGCCAACAUCCGCAAUCUGCGCGAACUGUACGAGGAACGGGAACGGGUCUCCCGGAUGGAGCGUGACAAUCUGCUGCGGCAGCUGGAGCUGCGCAAAAAUGACCUGGAAGCCGAACAGGAAAAGAACAAAAAUCUCGAAUCGCACGUCGCCAGCCUGCAGACGGACUUGGAAACGAUGAAGAACGAGCUCGUUCAAACACAGGAAAAACUAAGCCAAUCCACGUUGGAGUCCCAACAGCUGCACGCCGAAAUGACCGUUGUAAAUCAGUUCAUCUCGAAGUUUCUACUGGGAAUGAAUCGCAAACAGACGACCAACAGCGUUAAGCUGGACAAGCUGACAGAAGUGCUGGCCGAAAAUCGGGGCCUGUUGAUCGACAUGGCCAAAGAAGAGUCGGAAACCAUCGAUCUGGGAGCGUUCCUGCCGCGGGCUCUUUACGAUCUGGUGGCCGAAGUGGAUGAAGAGCCUGCCGAAUCGGACGAGAGCGAGUGCUCCCAAGAAGAUGGGGCAUUUAGCGAGAUGCAGACCGCCUCUCCGGAACAGAUUGCUGAUAAGUUGCCAAAAGUGUGGCGAGUGCUGAUCGAGCUGGUGAAUCACCAGGAGAGAGUGCAGCAAGUUCCAUUCGUGGAAAAUGGCGAAAGCGAAGAAUGCUUCAAGAAUGAACAGACAAAGAAUGGAUCUAAAACAGUGGUUAGCGUCAGCAAGACAUAUCUUAAAUUGAAGGAUCUGAUUAUAGAGAAAAAAGCUCUCAAGAAGGAAACGAAUCGUUUGAAGACCCUUAAUACCCACCUGGAGCGUCGUUUGGAAACUCAGGAAAAACGUCUCAGUGCCGUAAGUUUGGAGUUGACCAAAACUUGGCAUUUGGUUGGCAAGAUGCAGCGCCAACACCGUCAACUACAUACUCAGGAGCAAAUUCUACGCUAUCAUCUGCAACAGAAAAGACGGCUCCUCAGCGAGCUGAAAGAGGAGCUGGAAUACUGUCGUCUGAAAUGGAGCGCUGCCCGACAGAAGAACAUCGAAUCCGAAGAUCAGUGGAAAAUGCUUAAGGCAGACUUUGCUGCGCGCAAAAAGCAAGACUCGUUGAAUAAUUCAGGCGAAAGCGGUUACAGCGAUGAGCAACCGACCGAUGACGAGGACGAAGAUUACCUAAAUCAGGACAAACUAUCAAAGAUGCACUUCAACAGGAUGGUCAAUUUCGAACGAUGUAGAAGUGCCUCAUUAACGAACGUUCUGCAGGUCGCGCUGGAUAUAAGAAAAUGCCAUAGUGAAUCCGAUAUGAAGUCGUUGAAUAAUGUGGAGAGAGCGAAUCAAUUUUGCAAUGAGAAGAUUGAAGAUUUGCCGAUAUUUCCGGAGGAAGCGAUCGCCUGUUCUGUGAAAAAGAAAGCGAAAAAGUUGAAGAAGAAGAAGGAAAAGCGAACUGGCCCAGAAACAGCAGAAGAUAUGUUCAGAAGAUUGGCUGGAUUGGAGCUGGAAAGUAGCGAGGAGGAAGAUGAAGUAGAGAUAGAAGAUGAGAUUAGCGAAAAUUCCGAAUGUUCAGAAAUCGAGAAAAUUGAACAACGAGAAUCAAGUCCGGUAAAAGAACCGGAAUUAAGUAGUGAGGAGUUAUUCAAUAUGAAACGGGAAGCACGAUUAAAACGUAUGGCUGAACUAAACUCAAGGUUGGAUACAUAUUCAAAUCCAAAUUCAGCAAAGGAAGCUGAGAGCAGUGUUAGUGAAGUGGAUCAGGUUGAAGCCGGUCCAUCAAGAGUACUCACCAGCACAGAAGAAGAUUAUCUGCAAAGACGAGCUGCCCGAUUGGAACGUCUUGAAAGGGAAGCCAGAGAAUUCAGGAACAAACUCUCGCGAACUGUGAACCGCGGGAGUGCUAUUUCUGCUCAAAUCGACGAAAUUCACAACGGAUUUAUUGCAAGACAAUCAGAGUCUCCUAUCCCUGGAAGCUCCUCGGAGAACACAACCACCCCUCCCACGACACAUGAGAAGGUUUCAUCGGAUUUUGCGGUCUUGAGUGAUCGCGAAAGGGAAUAUACUCAGAGCAGAUCUGAUCGUUUGCAGUCAUUGGAAAACCAAAGCCAAUCAUUGCUUCAGCAAAUGAAUCGAACUUUGAAUAGGGGCUCAAGACUCACAACUCAGCUGGACAUGCUUCAUUCCCGCUACGGCGGUGGUGAUCAGAACGAUUCAAAUACGUCGACAGAAGACACCGUUGUUCACCGACAGGAACCUACCACAAGUAAUAUUCAAAAUACCGAACAAAACUCGCUUCCAGAUCCAGAAACGAUUGAUUCUGUCCUUCUACAGAACUCUAUUGUAAUACCUGCAAAUGGCCCUUUGGAGUUGAUUCUGGUGUCGGAUGAAGAAAUUUUGGAAGAAGUAGAUGAGAUCAUGCCUACCCCAAGUAACGCUACCUCAAGCCAGGAAGAUGGCCGAGAAGGCAACGAUCUCGAUGAAGUAGCAUAAAUUAUGUGUUAGCUACUAAUUAUAAUCAUAAGAAUCUCUAUUUUUACAAUAAAAGCACUUUGUCAAAAGACAUGCCCACCAAAAUGUCGUCAAACUUAGAUAUGUAGCACAUUUCAAUUAUUCACACUUUGUACCAAUGUCGAAACUGUUUCUGUGUUAAAAACUGUGUAUUCAUUUAUAACUCUCGAAGGGACGAAAUAAAUGAUUUGAAACUGCA